GAAUUUGUAGUAAGAAAAAGGUAUUCCGAUUUUGUUAAAUUACGGGCACAACUUAUUAAAGCCCAGCCCAAAUAUCGUAAACUUAUACCAAAUUUACCACCUAAAAAAAUUGUGGGUAAAUUUGUGCCUGAAUUUAUUGAAAAACGUCGUAAAGAUAUGGAAUAUUUUUUGACUUACGUUUUGCUUCAUCCUGUUUUGGGUACUACCGGAGUAGUUAAAUGGUGGCUCAUUGAUUAA